AUGCUCGGCAUCGUUGCCCGUCAGCGGCGCAGUAUUGACGGGUUGAUGACCGCGAUGCGGGCGAUGAAUGAGGAACGCGUGCCGGAGCUUUCAGCGGUGCCGCACAACUUCGCGGAGAUUCUCCACGAUCCAAUUAAUCGCACGGCGUCUGCCGUUGGUGAGGUGCGGGCUCAACUCCCCAAACACCAGCAGACGCCAGGCUCGUGCUCGUUCUCUGGCGCCAGUCACGCGGAGAUCCGACGGGUGGUUGCGGGGCUGCGGAGAGUAGUGCUGGAGCGGCUGCGGCAGCCCUCCCCGCGCGUGGGCACCGGCGAGCAGCUCACUGAACUCGGCAGCGAACUCGCGGCCGUGCGGACGGAGCUGCGAGAUGCCGCGGCGCAUCAUCAGGUGGUGCUGGACCUGCUUGACGUGCGGGAGACAAUCCGCCGCUGCGGCUGGACGGGCGAUCCGCUCUUGGAUGUGCACCGACUGCGCUCUCCCGACACGAUGGCGAAGGUGAGGCUUGCGCACCAGCUGCCGUGCUUUGACGUGUUGGUGUCAGCUGUGUGUCGUUCGCCUGAGCGGCGCAUGCGGGGUGCGGUGUCCCUCAGUCUGCUAGAGUGA